AUGGUCACAAACAGGACUCCAGACCAGACUCCAGGCUCCCACACUUGCUGCCAUGCACCUUUCCCUCUCCAGGAUCCUCGCUGGAAAAUGAGAACACCCAGGGCCUCCAAGGUCUCACACUCUGUGGUUCUGUUUCCAAACCACCACUGUGGCCCUCUGAUCCUGCCAGCAGGGGGCUUCUGCAUCCACGUCCUGGUGGCCUUCUUGUGGCCGUACUUAUGCAUUCAGAGUUGUCUGCUGAGCUCCAACUUUCUUCAAAGUGAGCCUUCCAGGUGGUCAUCCUCACACUGUGAUUGCUGCUGCAAGAACGGCAAGGGUGACAAAGAAGGAGAGAGUGGCACGUCUUGCAAUGACCUCUCCACCUCCAGCUGCGACAGCCAGUCGGAGGCCAGCUCUCCCCAGGAGACAGUCAUCUGUGGGCCUGUGACACGCCAGACCAACAUCCAGACUCUGGACCGUCCCAUCAAGAAGGGCCCAGUCCAGCUGAUCCAGCAGUCAGAGAUGCGGCGGAAGAGCGAUCUGCUCCGGACUCUGACUUCAGGCUCCAGGGAGUCGAACAUGAGCAGCAAAAAAAAAGCUGUUAAGGAAAAGCUCUCGAUUGAGGAGGAGCUAGAGAAAUGCAUCCAGGAUUUCCUAAAGAUCAAAAUUCCAGAUCGCUUCCCCGAGAGAAAACAUCCUUGGCAAUCUGAACUUUUACGGAAGUAUCAUCUAUAGGGGAGGGCGGGGGGGUGGGGA